AUGACACCCCGAACUGAACAGAAUGGAUCACCUCUUAUAUGGGAUAGUUCAGAUCCAUUACGACGACCACCUCCUUUGCCAAUGCCUGAAGAAUUAGCGUUAAGCCAUGUUGAUUCUUCUGGAAAAUUGUUUAGAACACAGUCUACAUCAUCUCAUUUAUGUCGACAAAUAAAUACGAAAUCGCCUCAAUUGUCUCGGAUAAGUAUCGAUGAGAAAACAAUAGAUAUAGUCAGCAAUAUUUCGGAAACGACAAAGACUAUUGUGGAAGAUCUCCAUUUUCUUAUUGAUAGAAGCAAAGACAAUGCCUCUACAUUAAUUGACUUGAAAAAGAGUGUUAUCAACGCAACAACGUAUGAUCAAAAGAUUAUCGAUGAAAUACAGAAUAUGAUUACAUCUCAACUGCAGAUUAUUAGUAGAAAAGACGAAUAUCAGCUACUUCAAGAAAAAUUGGACAAGAUUACCCAAAUCCUAAAUACUAAUACUUCCCCUGAUGCACAUACGCAAAUGUUGAGUAAUAUAAAUAAGAGACUUGAAGCAAUUGAGAUAACCCAAAAUGAAGUUCUUUCUCAAAAAAUAGAGACUAAUAAUUUGAUAUCUUCUUAUGAAAUAUCAAAACAAGCAAAUCUUGUGGAAAUAGAAGAUAUUUGUCGUCGCAAACUUGAAGUAUCAACAGAAUUAGCACGACUUGAUGCCCAUGUUUCUCAUAAGAAGAGCAUGUUAAAUCAAUUAGAAGAGCGUAUGAAGAUGCUAGAAAAUCGCUUAGUAGAAAUUCAGUUAAAACUCAAUAAACAAAAGGAUGAGAAACAAAAAGAUGAGAAUAGAAAAUUAAACAAACCCAUUAAAAAAAAGGCGCUUUAUCCUAAAGUUCCUACUACGCCUCAAAAUAUUCGUCAUUUUUCUCUUUCAGACAUUCACAACAGAAAUCCAUCAGUUGUUGCACUUGCACCUUCUACAACUAUGGACAAAUCGCCGUGUAAUACUGAUAACCUUACGGUUUAUGAAAAAGAAAAACGAAAAACUUCAUGGAGCAGAAAGGUUGCAAAUGUAAUGGGAUUUCCAUUUCAACAUAAUAAUAAAGAAAAUUCAGCUGUGUAUCUACAAAGUAAUGAAAAGCCAAUUGUUCAGGAAAAACGAAGAAAUUAUCCUAUUAAUUUCGGUGUUAAAAGUACAAAAGCUUUUAGAAGUUUUAGUACAAGAGUAUAA